AUGCUCUCGAGCAUCGAGCAGCAGCAGUUAAGUCUAAAAUAUGACUUGAAUUACGUCGACGAGCGGGGUACGUCGCACUUUCACUUGGCCUGCCGGUACGGCUUUGACGACGUUGUCCAAAAAUUUAUUGAGCUCGGACAGGAUCCCAAUUGUCUCGAGCAACCAUCGACUGAUUCACCGUUACAUUUGGCACUGAAAUUUGGACGUAAAUAUUCGCUCGAAUUGUUGCUGCGUAACGGCGCUGAUCCAAACGCUGUCGAUUCGAAGGGCUUGUCAGCUCUGCAUCUGAUUUGCCAGGAACUAAAUUUUCAUAAUAACGAGAAGGACGACGGGGUCGGACUAUUCUUCGGUAUCAUCGCCGAAACAGGUCAGGGGGUGCAGCUCAAUUUGCGGGACAAGUUGGGUAAUACUCCUCUACAUUACGCAUUGCACUGCAACAAUACGAAGGCAGCCCAGUGUUUGUUGUCAAGAAGAGCCGAUCCUAAUGUAGCCAAUAACGAAGGGUCGACUCCAUUGCAUGUUAUUUGUCAGUGUUACUACGACAAUACCAUGUCGGAAGAAUUCUUCAGGAUUACCCAAAAUCGUCGUCAGGCACAGGUCAACGCCCAGGACAAAUUCGGAAUGACGCCAUUGCACUGGGCUCUGCGCUACAGAGAGCUGCAUAUUAUUUGCCAGAAACAUCAAGAUAAUGGAUUAGCAGAGAUACUCUUCAAGUUCGGCAACAAAAGGCAUCAAACCAUACGGGUCGACGUCCGAGACAAGAAGGGCCGGACACCGCUGCAACUGGCCGUGGCGAAUCUCUUGCCGAAAGCGGUCGAUCAGCUCUUGAAUCAUGGCGCUGAUGAUCUGUCUACUUUCGUUUUUCCCUCUUCGACACUGGAUCCGAAAGAUUUUAGUCACUCGGACGUUUUCAAAUUGACACUAGCGUCGAGGACCAUGUGCGUCGUUCAACUCCUAGAGGAAGCAGGACACGAACUGAACAUAACGGACAUUUUGACGAUUAUGGAUUCGUUCGCAAAAUAUGGAAAUUGGAUGGCGACCCAAAACAGCGGCGAAACUAGUCACUAG